UCUCGUGCUCGGUCCCUGGCCACCACACAGGCGCCCACGAGUCUCGCCCGCCAGCCCGCCGGGCAGCGACCCCUCACCCCGGCCCCAGGGCCCGCCCUGAGCGAGCUGCUGCUUCUCUCCAGACCGCUCCUUCGCGGCCUCUGUCACCCCACCUGGACCCGACCCAUCGGCGACUGCGGCUACUGUCGGGACGUGGAAGCAGCCGGAGGCGCCGGGUCGAGACUCGCUAACUGAAGGCAGGAAUUAACACUGUUUUGGAAGGAAGAUAAUCUCUUACUGUUUGUUGACACGUUUUCUUUUUCUGAUUGCAUGUUAUAUACUUGAUUCAAGAAUUGCUUUAAUCUUCCAGUCAAUGUAACUCAAGACAUAGUCUUUUAAUGGCAUUAACAAAGGUACCUACAGAAUAUUGGACAUACAGAUUCAAGAUCCAUAAGACUUUAUUGCCUUGAAUCAAGGAUUUAUUUGAUAUCCUCUUCCAUCUUUUCUUCGUGUCAACUAACAUUUUAAGGAAGACAAUAUAUUUGCCACAAGGGAAUUUUUAAAAAUAAUACUACCCACACUUUCCAAUGCCUAAGAAUAGCAAAGUGGUAAAAAGAGAAUUAGAUGAUGAGGUUAUUGAGUCUGUCAAAGACCUUCUUUCCAAUGAAGACUCAGCUGACGAUGCUUUUAAGAAGAGUGAACUAAUUGUUGAUGUCCAAGAAGAGAAAGAUACAGAUGUUGAAGAAGGAUCUGAAGUUGAAGAUGAAAGACCAGCUUGGAACAAUAAGCUUCAGUACAUCCUGGCUCAAGUUGGAUUUUCUGUAGGUUUAGGGAAUGUGUGGCGAUUCCCAUACCUAUGUCAGAAGAAUGGGGGUGGUGCAUAUCUUUUGCCAUAUUUAAUACUGCUUCUGGUAAUAGGUAUUCCCCUUUUUUUUCUGGAACUUUCUGUGGGCCAAAGAAUUCGGCGAGGAAGCAUUGGUGUAUGGAAUUACAUAAGCCCUAAACUGGGCGGGAUUGGAUUUGCAAGUUGUGUAGUGUGCUUUUUCGUGGCUCUCUACUACAACGUCAUCAUCGGCUGGAGUUUGUUUUAUUUUUCUCAGUCCUUUCAGCAACCUCUACCUUGGGAUCAGUGUCCUUUGGUGAAAAAUGCUUCACACACUUUUGUAGAGCCAGAAUGUGAAAAAAGUUCUGCCACCACAUAUUACUGGUACAGAGAAGCACUGAAUAUUUCCAAUUCCAUUUCUGAAAGUGGGGGCUUAAACUGGAAGAUGACCAUCUGCUUGCUGGCUGCCUGGGUCGUGGUUUGCUUGGCUAUGAUCAAAGGCAUUCAGUCUUCUGGAAAAAUCAUGUAUUUCAGUUCUCUGUUUCCAUAUGUCGUACUUCUCUGCUUCCUCAUCAGAGCGCUCCUGUUAAACGGCUCAACUGAUGGCAUCCGCCACAUGUUCACCCCUAAGCUGGAAAUGAUGCUGGAGCCGAAGGUCUGGAGAGAAGCGGCUACCCAGGUGUUCUUCGCCUUAGGGCUGGGAUUUGGUGGCGUCAUUGCCUUUUCAAGCUACAACAAGAGAGACAACAACUGCCACUUUGAUGCUGUCCUGGUGUCCUUCAUCAAUUUUUUUACUUCUGUCCUGGCAACAUUGGUGGUGUUUGCAGUUCUGGGCUUCAAAGCCAGUGUCAUAAAUGAGAAAUGCAUUGCAGAAAAUUCGGAAAUGAUCAUAAAAUUUCUGAAAAUGGGCAACCUUAGUCACGAUAUUAUCCCCCAUCAUAUCAACUUUUCAGCUGUUACUGCAGAAGAUUAUCAUUUAGUUUAUGACAUCGUUCAAAAAGUGAAAGAAGGGGAGUUUCCCGCUCUUCAUCUCAAUUCCUGUCAAAUUGAAGAUGAGCUAAAUAAAGCUGUCCAGGGGACUGGUCUGGCUUUUAUUGCCUUUACAGAAGCGAUGACACAUUUCCCUGCAUCUCCCUUCUGGUCAGUGAUGUUCUUCCUCAUGCUGGUCAAUCUCGGACUUGGCAGCAUGUUUGGAACCAUUGAAGGGAUCAUCACGCCUAUUGUGGAUACUUUCAAAGUGAGGAAAGAGAUUCUAACUGUGAUCUGUUGUCUUCUGGCAUUUUGUAUUGGCCUGAUAUUUGUGCAACACUCUGGAAAUUACUUUGUUACAAUGUUUGAUGAUUAUUCUGCAACGCUGCCACUGCUAAUUGUAGUCAUUUUGGAGAAUAUUGCUGUAUCCUUUGUUUAUGGCAUAGAUAAGUUUAUAGAAGAUCUAAAAGAUAUGCUGGGAUUUGCUCCCAACAGAUAUUACUACUACAUGUGGAAAUAUAUUUCUCCUCUCAUGCUGUUAUCACUGCUAAUAGCUAGUGUUGUGAAUAUGGGACUAAGUCCUCCUGGCUAUAAUGCGUGGAUCGAAGACAAGGCAUCUGAAGAAUUUCUGAGCUAUCCAACAUGGGGAAUGGUUGUCUGUAUCUCUCUGAUGGUCCUAGCCAUACUCCCCGUCCCCGUUGUCUUCGUUAUUCGUCGCUGCAACCUUAUAGACGAUAGCUCUGGCAAUUUAGCAUCUGUGACCUAUAAGAGAGGAAGGGUCCUGAAGGAGCCCGUAAACUUGGAGGGAGAUGAUGCAAGCCUCAUUCAUGGAAAGAUAUCAAGCGAAAUGUCAUCUCCAAAUUUUGGUAAAAAUAUUUAUCGAAAACAGAGUGGAUCACCAACUUUGGAUACUGCUCCCAAUGGACGAUAUGGAAUAGGGUACUUGAUGGCCGAUAUGCCGGAUAUGCCAGAAUCUGACUUGUAGCAGGGGGAAAAUCAGUGGGGUUUAUUUGGUUCAUUUUUAUCAAUGAACAUUGGCUCUACUCAGAGAAGCGUUAGGCCUCACUUCUCAGAGGGCGAUCUCAGGUGUUCCAUGGCUGUGAUCUUUAAUUCUAACAGUGUAUGUAAAUUCAACUAGAGCAUUCCUUUGGAUUCUUUGGUUUACAUUUGUGCAGAAAGAGUUACAGACAAAGUUCACAAUGACUGAGGUCCACGUUUGUCAGAAUUUUUAAAAAUACUUUCGGUGUUUUUUCAAGUAUUUUUAUCUCUAAAAAACAGGUGUUACCUCAGUUUCUAAUAAUUUCUGGAUGUAAUAGUAUUGGCAAUUCACAAAUGGUAUACUUUAAAAUUUAUCAGUUUGCCUUCAGGGUAACUCCCAGUGUUAGAAUGAGCAUUUCUGUAAGUUGGUGCCUCUCAGCACAUUUCCAUGAAUAUACUGUGUAGAUAGGCUGUACUUAUUUUGGUAGCAUUGAUACCUUCUUAGGCAAUUAGUUGAAGAAAACCGCAAAAUAUUUUCUUAUGUAAUAGCUGUAUAGAGCAAUAGUAUCAAAGCAUAAGAAGGCACUAAUGCUGGGAUGAAAGUUGAGAGUCAGAGGUGACUGGGGAUCAUGUGCGUGAUGCCUGUAUAUUUUGUGUAAAAUAUAUGUGUGAAAAUCAUAUAAGAAUGAGUCACUCAGCACUCUCAAGAAUUAUGCAGAUUCUGCAUUUUUCUAUGCCGUGUGCCUAAAAACCUACUUGAUAUUUAUUGUGAUUUCAAGAUUACCCAUAGUAUAUUUAUAUAAUAUACUUGCAAUGUAUAUAGAUGUAUAUUACUUAGUACUCUAAGUACUGAUUCGAAAACUUGAAGCAAGAUGGCAUUUUAUUUCCUAUCUUUCUGUUUUGCUUCUGUUUUAUGCAAAUAUAAAUCCUUUUUUAAGUGAUUGUUCAAAUUGUAUGGCAUUACAUUUUAAGCUACAAAUAAACAAAGUUAAAAAAAAUGAUGUUUAUUUUCCACAUUGAUUUUCCUGGUAUCACCUGAACUGGAUUAUCUUGCAUUUCAGUCAGCAGUUAGUAUUUCAUAAUAAUUAAUCAUCAUAUUCCAAGUGGGAUGAUUAUAUUGAUUAAUAGAGUAACCACCACUUUAGAGAUAAACGAAAAAUAGAGUGUUAUGGUUAAAUGGUCUUCUAAUGUAGUCUCACAAUUCUUGAAAAAAUACUUCGAGUCUCCCACGAAACUGUGUGUACAGUUGACUGCUUGCUGGGUCAGUCCUGUCUCUGAAGUGCAAAAAAUUACAAUGAUUUUUAUGACACUCUUGGAUAUAUGAAAUUGGAUGAAGCAGAAGUACUCCACUGAGUGUCAUCUAGUUAAAAGGCUUUUAUUUAUAACUGUUCUACCACUAUAUCAGUUAUAUUUUAAAAAUAGCAAUGUAUAAUGCAGCAAAGUGGGGGAGGUGGUAUGCACACCAUAUCCAUUGGUUUAUUUUGGCCGAAUACUCUUGGUCUACCGUAGACAUAUGUUAAUAGACUGCAUCACAGCAUUUAAAAUGCAAUUCCAUUGGUGACUAAAACUUUUAGUUUUUUUAUAUUAUAUAUACUGAUAUAUUUUGAAUCACUUUAAAAUUUAAAAAUAUCGUAUGUAUAGGCGAUAUAUUCACAUUAUGCAGAACUCAAAAAUUAUAACAAUUCAGUGUAAAGUAAAUUUCCCUUCCAACGUUUCUCCUGGCCACCCAUUCCCCACCCUUGAAGGCACUGCCGGUUUCUGACGUCUACUUCUGGAGAGGCUCUAUGUAUACACAUUACACAAAUGACAGCAUUAAGUAUUCUCUUUCCUGAAUCUUACUUAUUUUAAUGAAUUUAUUUUGGAUACUGUUUCAUAUUGAAGACUCAAAAAUCUGCCUCCUUAUUUCGGUAGGUGAGGUAAUAUAAAUUUUGCUUUUUUAUGUGUUGAAGCAAUAUUUUUUUCGUAAGCUGCCACAAUAUUAAAAAGUUUGUGGUGGGGCUGACCCGGUGGUGUAGCAGUUAAGUUUGCAUGCUCUG